GAGGAGGAAGAGGAGCCCGUUUCAGCAAAUGGCGUGCCCCGAUCCUCUGCAAUUCGUCAUCCCCACCCACUCAGGUUGAUCUCGAAGUCCAGGCUAAAUUCUUGCUCACUGUGCCGCUAUUAGUUAACAAGCUGGUCUGACCAUUGUGGAGCCUGAUGUUGACUUCGCUGAAGACGCGAAACUCAGGAAGAGCAUUGGGGUCCACGUGAGGAUAAUCGGUAUGUUUUAUGCGAGAUGCACUGCAUAUGGCGUACUGCUGGAGGUUCUUCUAUUAAGCCUUCCUUUCCGCAACCCAGCCUCAAGUACUCUUCGCAUUCUACCACGCCAACUGAAGAGAGUGGCUCGGCCACCGCUAUAAUCCUUGCUCGUCCAGUCCCUGUCGCAGUUGAAGGCAUCAUCUUCCUUUCAGGUGGUCUUUCUGACCCUGAUGCAGUGAAGUUGCUCAACGCGGUCAAUAUUGUCGCCAACAAGGUGAUGCUAUGCAGAAGUAGGUGAAGGCUGAUGACGCUGGUGCAAAAUCUGUGUGAGGCCAGGGGUGAAGCUUGGUCGCUCGCGGUGAAAGGCGAAGCUUGAAGCCCAAAAUAUCAGAACUUGUCCGUUUUCAGUCACCUUCCAAAAUAAUAGACGUCUAUGACUCAGGUGCGUUGCAAAAUCACGAUGAGAAAGAAUACCAGAGAUGCUUUUGAGCAGGUUUAUUUUCAUGUCUUGCGCUGUCUUCCAUUCAUCAGUGGCGCUGGCAAUCUCAAACACGGCCUUGAAACAUGCCACAUGUCCGACCAGCACAGCGCUAUUUGUCCAUGUCAGAGUUAAUUGGCGAUGUCCAUUCGCAGGUC